UGGUCUUCACCAAUUUUAUGUGGACUUUUGAAUAUUUUCCUGGCCGCAAUUUGGACAACGUGGCUAUCUUAACUGAAACCGUUUGGGAGGAAUCAAAUUAAUGUUAACAAACAGAAUCAAGUAAUUGUGAUAAAUUAUGUAGUCACUGUUACAUGAAGUAAAGGCAUUUUCUUGAUUUUACCAUAAUUUCAGGAAAAGUAAAAUGAAAUAAAGUAAUUUAGUCCAAUUUGUUGUUUUUAAUAUACCUUAUCUACUUGGAAAUAAACUGGAAAAAUUUAAAAGGAAGGAACUUCUUAUAUACAAUACACAUGCAGGUUGUAUUGUUUAUUAUGUUACACACUGAAGAAUUUGGAUUUUUCAACAAUCAAAAAACAGACAACUUCAUUGUUUUCUUCCCUCAAGUGAAACAUCACAAUUCUUUACUACCACAUAGUAGCAGAGGUUCUGAAUUCACAAAAAAAAGGUGAGUUGCAAUAAUUUACCUAAAUUUAGGAAGAACAGAGUAAACACACUUGCAGGGAAAGGCAUACAGGAAACCAAAAC